GAGUGCAUCUCCGUCCAUGUCGGCCAGGCCGGUGUCCAGAUGGGCAACACCUGCUGGGAGCUCUACUGCCUGGAGCACGGCAUCCAGCCUGAUGGGCAGAUGCCCAGUGACAAAACCAUUGGUGGAGGAGACGACUCCUUCACCACAUUCUUCUGUGAGACGGGGGCUGGGAAGCAUGUCCCAAGGGCCAUCUUUGUGGACCUGGAGCCUACUGUGAUAGAUGAGAUUCGGGGCGGAGCCUACCGUGAGCUCUUCCACCCUGAGCAGAUGAUCACUGGCAAGGAGGAUGCUGCCAACAACUAUGCCCGCGGGCACUACACCAUUGGCAAAGAGAUCAUCGACCAAGUGCUGGACAGGAUCCGGAAGCUGGCUGACCAGUGUACAGGCCUCCAGGGAUUCCUUGUGUUUCGUAGUUUUGGAGGUGGUACCGGCUCGGGAUUCACCUCCCUGUUGAUGGAGCGACUUUCUGUUGACUACGGCAAGAAGUCCAAGCUGGAGUUCUCCAUCUACCCUGCACCACAGAUCUCCACUGCUGUGGUGGAGCCCUACAAUUCCAUCCUCACCACACACAGCACCUUGGAGCACUCGGACUGUGCUUUUAUGGUGGACAAUGAAGCCAUCUACGACAUCUGCUGCAGGAACCUGGACAUCGAGCGCCCGACCUACACCAACCUGAACAGACUCAUCAGUCAGGUUGUCUCAUCCAUCACAGCAUCACUGCGGUUUGAUGGGGCCCUGAACGUCGACCUGACCGAAUUCCAGACGAACCUGGUGCCCUACCCUCGUAUCCACUUCCCCCUGGCUACUUAUGCCCCAGUCAUCUCUGCAGAGAAGGCCUACCAUGAGCAGCUCUCGGUGGCUGAGAUCACCAACUCCUGCUUUGAGCCGGCCAACCAGAUGGUGAAGUGUGACCCUCGCCAUGGCAAGUACAUGGCCUGCUGCCUGCUGUACCGGGGGGACGUGGUGCCCAAAGAUGUCAAUGCCGCCAUCGCCACCAUCAAGACCAAGCGCAGCAUCCAGUUUGUGGAUUGGUGCCCCACGGGCUUCAAGGUGGGCAUCAACUACCAGCCCCCCACGGUGGUGCCGGGGGGAGACCUGGCCAAGGUGCAGCGAGCUGUCUGCAUGCUGAGCAACACCACAGCCAUCGCCGAGGCCUGGGCUCGCCUGGACCACAAGUUUGACCUGAUGUAUGCCAAGAGAGCCUUUGUGCACUGGUACGUGGGGGAGGGCAUGGAGGAAGGGGAGUUCUCUGAGGCACGGGAAGACAUGGCCGCUCUGGAGAAGGAUUACGAGGAGGUGGGCCUGGACUCCUACGAGGACGAAGAGGAGGGUGAAGAGUAGAGAAGCACCUGGCCGACAGGCCUGUGCUUCUUCCUGUGUUAGCUGCAGAAACCCUUUGAAAUAAACCGUUUCAGAGCCUCUGUGUCUCCCACUAACCCCCCAGCCGCAUCGGUUUCUUGUCAGGUGUGUGGUGAGUGCUUCAGCUCUGCUGCUGGUGCUACUGUGCUU